AUGGAUCCUCACGAAACCAGCAAAGCCAUUCAAGAUGUAGUAAACUCCAUCAAAAUUUGUUCUUUGGAUUACGAACUCAUCAAUUAUCACGUAAUUUCACAAUACAAAGCUGAAUGGACCGGCUUGGGACAGUUGACGAAAAAUAUUAUGAUGUCUCCAGGAGUAGACCCGAAAUCUCCAGUUCUCCAAAGUUUGAAGGAUUUGAAACAAGAAAUUAAGGAGAUGGGCAAGAAAAUGCACACUCAUCUGAACAAUCUUAAGGCCGCACUUGAGCCACUAGACUAUGACAAUAUUCCCUGGUACAUGGAUGACAGUAGAAGGUGCUUUGACGCAUGUAAUGUUGUCAGAACAUUUUAUCAAGAAAUUUGUGUAAAAUCCUCGGUGCUCUACAAAACCAUGGCCGAUGUGAUCUAUCCACAACAUCACGAUACCAAACAAGUCAAAAUUCAGAUUUUUCGAGACAACUACAAUCGGACUCCGCCUCUGGAACUGGCGCUAAAAGAAAUGAUGGAUAGCAAUGUUUCGAAUCCAAUCCAGAGGAUUACAGAGGCAAAAAUUAUGAAUGGUGAGCGACUAGAUGCUUGGAAAAAACUAAUUGAUAGCGUUUUUACGAAAUUGCUGAUUAUUGAAUGUUUUGCAAGUGGCUUGCUCCAUGAAACGAACCCAUACAGAAGAGAUACAAUUGACUUGGAGAUUCAAAAAUAUCUGAGAGGAGAUUGA